AUUCUGGAAUUUUGGCGUGAAAUUGAUGCGUUUAGGACACAAGCUCGUAUAUCCGAAGGAAAACCUCCCUUUUCUUUCUACGAUGGACCACCUUUUGCUACUGGACUACCUCAUUACGGACACUUGUUAGCAGGGACAAUUAAGGACAUUGUAACCAGAUAUGCUGUAUUAACGGGACAUUAUGUUGAACGCCGAUUUGGUUGGGAUUGUCAUGGGCUUCCAGUUGAGCAUGAGAUUGAUAAAAAAUUAAACAUCCAGGGAAAGGAUGACGUUAUGGCAUUAGGAAUAGACAAAUAUAAUGAAGAAUGUAGAAGCAUUGUCAUGCGGUACUCCGGUGCAUGGAAAGAAACGGUAGAGCGCAUUGGCAGAUGGAUUGAUUUUGAUAAUGACUAUAAAACUUUAAAUACACCUUUUAUGGAGAGUGUUUGGUGGGUCUUUAAACAACUUUAUGAGAAAGAUCAAGUGUAUCGUGGAGUAAGAAUCAUGCCUUUCUCUACUGCUUGUACAACACCAAUUGCAAAUUUUGAAGCUGCUCAAAAUUACAAAGACGUUAUUGAUCCAGCAGUUGUGGUAUCCUUUCCGUUGGUUCAUGAGCCCGAGACUUUAUUAUUGGCCUGGACAACGACUCCAUGGACUUUACCUAGUAAU